ACCAUUGCUUCAUUCUGAUCAUCCAAGUGGGAAUCAAUUCAUUUCCGCUCUUCCACCUGCACUUAAUUUCAAAAAGAAGAAGACUUCAAAUUCAAGGUUUCCUUCUUCUUCAUUCUCAUCAAGCCUGCCGGCGUCAAUCUUCCGUCACUCGCUGUCGUCGGCUCCUCCCCUUGUGUCUUGCUAUUAGUAAUAGAAGGCCUUCUCUCGGCCACUACUUCAACAGACCGUUCUCGACAGAACACUCGUUGGCAUCACAUCACACGACACGACUACAUCCGGCCUCGGCUACAUCUUGAUCACCCUCAGACAUCUUCUCCUCUCAAAUCGCCCAGCAUGCCUGCCAAGAAGCUCCGUUGCAACGCCAAGGACUGCCGAGAGGCUGCCCAGCGCAUCGUCGGAGACUGCACAUUCUGCAAUGGCCACUUCUGCGGCAAGCACCGUCUGUUAGAGGAUCACAAGUGCAGCGGCCUGGAAGACUGCAAGAAGCAGUCUCAUGCGCGCAAUGCUGCCCAGCUGGAAGCCGAGAGGACACAGGUCAUCCGAGGCGUCUAAAUCACACCCUUGCCAACCUCCCAACGGCGAUCACCCAACAAACCACCUGACCUCUAAUUACCGCACAUCCUACGGUUUUCCAUACACUUCGAUUUCACCUACCAUUCUCAUUCACACACCUUGAUUUGGCGCUUUCGUCGGCCCAAUCCAGUCUCACGGACCACGAUUACAUGAAUAUUCAUUUUCCCAUUUAUUUGGAGCGAUAAGGGGUUGACACGGCGAGAGGAAGCCAGUCGUUCUCCCCAAGGAGAGAGAGAAGCAAGACGAGAUGGUGCUAUCAGUGCCCUCCAUUACCUUUUUUGUAUAUUUCUACCAUCUAUUUCACUGGUGUACUGUUUCGGUCGGAACAGCUACGGCUUUUGGAUCGCACGGAGUAUUAGGCAUGUUUCAUCAUCUAUUCGGCAUUUUAUCUAGGGGGAUAUUAGGAGCCAUUUUCCGCAUUUGAUUGCUGUUUGAUCUUUAUUAGUUCAUUUUUGAAUAUGAUGAAACCCAAAUUCGUUAAACAAAACAAAC